AUGCGGCUGGUUGGUGAUAAAUUAGGUGCCUGGCCUAAUGGAUUUAGUAUCUACAGCUCGCAACGUCAGGGUGUUGCUACACUCUUUCGGGAUGACAGAAAUCGGCCAAGAGGGACGGCCGAAGUUUAUGCAUCACUCCCUACUGUCUGCGCACGUGAGUGCGUUCAUCUGUCGGAUCCAUGUAGAGUUGUCUCUGUCGGAACGACGGAUGGUGCAUGCUGUGUGCUGGAGACGGCCGCACGCCUACACUCACGGACAUUCCGGUAUUACAUGUGA